UUGAUUCCACUUGUGCUUUUCCUUUCUCGGUCAUCACCAUGUCAAAUCGAGAGAGCGGAAUGGCACAUGGCCUGUUUUUUUUUUCGAUUGUUUUGUCAUGUUCGUUGUACUGAUCACCAUCCUUCCCCCUUGCAGAUUUCACUUUUGGCAGGGUCGGAUUUCUGGAGGACGAUGCCGAUUCCUGGGAAAGGCGUGCCAUCCAUCAAAACUACGGAUGGCCCGAAUGGAGCUAGAGGAGAGUUCUUCACAAACGGUACUCCAGUACGUAAUGUCUCACGUUCCUAUAUCAAAUGUUAUUUUUUUUUUAAUGGAAAAAACCUCCAGGCUGCAUUGUUUCCCUGCGGCGUAUCGAUGGCAGCAGCGUGGAACCUGGACAUGAUGGAAGAAAUAGGAAGACACCUAGCCGACGAGGCAAAAGCCCGCGGAGCCCACGUUCUCCUCGCGCCAACAAUAUGCAUGCACAGAUCACCCCUGGGUGGUCGAAACUUUGAAUCGUACUCUGAAGAUCCGUUCCUGACGGGGAAACUGGCAGCAUCGUACAUCCGCGGGCUGCAGAGCAAAGGCAUUGCGGCGACGAUUAAGCAUUUUGUAGGCAACGAGCAAGAGACGGAAAGACAGGCGUACGACGCCAUCAUCGCCGAGCGCCCGCUGCGGGAAAUUUACUUGAAACCGUUUGAGAUUGCUAUCCGCGACGCCUCGCCCUGGGCCCUCAUGAGCUCGUACAAUAUGGUCAAUGGCGUGCAUGCGGAUGAACACUUGCAUACCAUGAGAGACAUACUGCGAGGCGAGUGGGGUUGGGAUGGUGCCAUCAUCUCCGAUUGGACGGGGACUUACGCAACUGCGCCUUCGAUCAAAGCCGGGGUCGAUAUCGAGAUGCCCGGGCCGUCGAAAUGGCGGAAAACCGAUCAAGUUCUCGCAGCGCUUGAAAGAGGCGAAAUCACGCAUCGCGAAAUCGAGGAACUGGCCGGAAACGUGCUGUAUCUGGUAGACAGGACGAAAGGUCUGGACGAUCACUCGCCGGAGCCUUCGGAAAAGUCAAUCGAUAAUCCGAGCACUCGUAGCUUGAUUCUGCAAGCCGGCAUCGAGGGAUUGGUGCUACUCAAGAAUGACAAAAACGUGCUGCCAGUCACAGAUGCGAAGAAAAUCGCACUGAUUGGGCCAAAUGUGAAACGAGCCAUUGCAAGCGGCGGCGGCAGUGCCGGUUUGGCUCCUUACUACAAGACCACGCCAUGGGACGGUUUCCAAGGUCGUUUUGACGGCGAGCUCACAUUUGCAAGCGGGUGUGACAGCUCAAAGUGGAUGCCACUGGCCUCUCCCUACUGCACGACCCCAGACGGCGAGCCGGGUGUCCGGUUAGAGUAUUAUAACGGAGACCAGUUCAACGGUGAGCCGGCCGUGGUGCAAACCAAGGCUGGCACGGAUCUUUGGCUAUGGGAUUCUGCACCAAAAUCGGUGCUCCCGGCCUACUCUUUCAAAGUGAAAGCCACGCUUACGCCGAAAUCGACCGGAAACCACACCUUCAGCUUCGCGUCUGUAGGGCCUGGUAGACUCUUCCUGAAUGGCGAGCUUUUCAUCAAUAUCUGGAACUGGACAGAAGAAGGCGAGGCCAUGUUCUCUGCUUCGGAAGACGUGCUUAAGUCGAUCCACCUCGAGGAAGGAAAACCAGUAGAGCUGCUCGUGGAAAGCACCAAUGAAGUUCGACCUGCUUCCAAGGUUGCAAUCAUCCGCCGCAGUCAUGACUAUGGCGGAUGCAGAAUUGGAUACCAAGAGGAAGACAAAAUCGACCGGAUACAGGAAGCUGUAGACACGGCCAAAGCUGCGGACGUCGCAGUGCUUGUGGUAGGGCUUGAUGCUGAGUGGGAAUCGGAAGGUUACGACAGACAGACCAUGGACCUACCUAAAGAUGGAUCGCAAAACCGCCUCGUCGAAGCCGUUCUCCAAGCCAACCCUCGCACAAUCGUGGUCAAUCAAUCAGGAACACCAGUAACAAUGCCGUGGGCCGACCGCGCUCCCGCCAUCAUCCAAGCUUGGUACCAGGGUCAGGAAGCUGGCAACGCUCUCGCGGACGUCAUCCUGGGCAAUGCGAGCCCGAGCGGAAAACUACCAACCACGUUCCCUGUUAAAAUCCAGGACAACCCGUCCUACCAUAACUGGCCUUGCGAGAAUCUGAAGACGGUAUACGGCGAAGGCAUCUAUAUUGGCUACAGACAUUACGAGCGGUCCAAGAUUGCACCUCUAUUCCCAUUCGGCCACGGAUUAACGUACACGUCCUUCAACUACGGGGCAGCCAAAUCCAGCAGCACAGUCCUGUCAGAGCCUGAUAGGAUAUCGAUCAGCAUCCCCAUCACCAAUGCUGGCUCGGUGGCUGCGUCUGAAGUUGUGCAAGCGUAUGUCAGGGAUGUCAAGUCGAGCCUUCCACGACCAGAGAAAGAGUUACAGGCCUUUAGUAAGGUAUCUUUGCAGCCUGGGGAGACGAAGGAGGUUACACUGGAGCUCGACAAGUACUCGGUUGGAUACUUUGAUACUUCGUUGACGGAGACUGGAGCUUGGAUUGCAGAGGAAGGCGUGUUUGAGGUGCUGAUUGGCUCGAGCAGUGUUGAUAUCAGGUUAGUUGUCGCCCUCCCAUUUUUGGAAUUUUUACUGUUGUGA